UUACACAGAUGACGCAUCGACUGCUGCAAAAGAAGGAUAUAAUUUUCUCGUAAGUAUUUGUGUGUUCAAUCAAGAAUUUGCGUCUCUAAUUUAUCGGAUCUAAAGUAUCUAAACUAUCAUAAUGAGUUUCCUGACGAAAAUGUUCGGAGGCAAGAAAGAGGAGAAAGGCCCGACAACGCAUGAGGCGAUACAAAAAUUACGUGAAACUGAAGAGUUGUUGAUCAAGAAACAGGAAUUUCUGGAGAAGAAAAUCGAGUUGGAAAUCCAAACAGCUAGGAAACAUGGCACCAAAAAUAAAAGAGCUGCAAUUGCCGCGCUCAAGCGUAAGAAGCGCUAUGAGAAGCAACUCACCCAGAUUGAUGGGACACUCACCCAGAUUGAGGCGCAGCGUGAGGCGCUGGAGGGAGCGAACACCAAUGCCCAGGUGCUCAACACAAUGAAGGAUGCUGCCAAUGCAAUGAAACUUGCUCACAAGGAUAUUGACGUGGACAAGGUGCACGACAUCAUGGACGACAUCGCGGAGCAGCACGACAUCUCGCGCGAGAUCACCGACGCCAUCAGCAACAACGUCGCCUUCCCCAACGACAUCGACGAGGACGAACUCGAGAAGGAGCUGGAAGAGCUUGAACAGGAGGAUCUCGACAAGGAGAUGCUGGGCAUCAACGUGCCCACAGACAAACUGCCGGACGUGCCCAGCGCGGAGCUCGUCCACGACAAGCCCAAGCCCAGCAGGUCCAAGCAGACUGAGGACGACGAAGAAUUCGCAAAGCUGCAGUCCUGGGCUACGUAGGCUGAUCGAGGGUCAGCUACUUGUGCGUUGUGAUAUUUUGACGGUAGCGAGUCGAGUGAAGGUUUACUUUUGCACAAUUAAGCUCAAACAGAAGUGAAGUGUUAACCAAAAGUGUAUCUAACAUAGAGUAGUUAAAUAAACCCUGUUAAGUGCGAGUUCGUUUAAUUCGCGCACUGUGGGUUCCGUACACUUUUCAGUUAUCUCAUGCAACUAAAAACUCGAAAGGUUUUUGAGAAAUAAAUUAAAUUAUAAUAUUAAGAAUCUAGCAGAAAAGCAUUACUGCUGCAGUAUUGCAGCGCGAUAUUACUGCCGGCUGCUUUACUGCUGCAAAUGUCGAAAUCGAGGUUGAUGCCUGGAAUUUAGACAGACAUUUUUGAACUGAAUAUACUUGUGCCGCACAGUGCCGCACACUGGUGGAUUGCCGCCUUAGGAUGCGCCGAAUGCCACACCAAAAUGUCUCCGAGAACCUUCGCCCAACAUUGAAGCUAGGGUAGACUGCUUUACAUCUGUGUUUCACAAACGUAUGGCGGUUACCACCGCCAGCGUCAGCAUGGAGCGAAUUUUCUUGCAUUUUUUUGGCUCGGGCAUGAAGGUUGAAUGUGUGAUCGGUGAAUAUAAUAUAUCUACAGGGAAAUGGCACAUUUUCUCAAAAGUAAGCCUUCACUUGAACAUGUGUAUAUAAAUAUGUAUGAAAAAAUCGUUCGGCUUUAUGUAAUGCGGUUAAAUGUAAUCUGCCUUAUAUAUUUACUAACUGAAUUUUGUACUAUACGUCUAUGAUUUCAAAUAUAGCAAAUAUGAAACUGUUCAAGUUGAAUAGACUUCAUAGGUCAAAUUUGUACUCUUCACGUUUACUCUAAAUGUGUUUCCUGAAAAAUACUUCAUAAUACCUAAUUCAUGUUCAGUAUAGUCAAGUAUAGUACAAAAUAUCAGUGGUUAGUCCAAAUAUUGAUAGGAACCGAUGGAUAUGGGUAGGCAAGAUGUCUGUAAUAUAAUUUAUAUUUAUUUGCUGUUUUUCUAAUCAAUAUGUUGAAGAAAACUAUUUUUAUAUUAAUUUUAAUUUGUUAGGUUUCGAAGAUGUUUGCACUAGAUAAGAAAAUUUGCUACUAAACGCUUGAACUCGAAUCAUUGCUAAAUGUCAUAUCACUCUAUUUAGUUGAUUUACCUACCUGCAUCGUAUGGGUACUUAUAUUUAGGCAUAAUAGUGCUUUUUUAAAAGAGGUGUAGCGGGAAAUUUUAUAUAAGUGGUGAUAAAAUAGUAGGUUGUUAUAGGUGUUUUAUCGCUAAUCAUAUGAAAUUUCGACUCGAUCAUCGCCUAGCCUAGCCUCAGUGGCGAAAAAAAACUAGAAGCAAGUGCUCUGAUUAAUCUAUUUCAAUGAAAGUUGUUAAAAAAAAAGCGUUGAACCUACUCCAUUUCGGCACCAGAGUUGGUUAAAAGUAAGUAGUAAAUAGUAGUACAUAAAUAUCAUUUUGUUUCUCAUUCGAACUAACGUCAAUAAAUGUAACCUAGGAUUACUGCCUACAUGUAUGUACUAGAAGGAAGCGUAUGUUUUUUAAGCUCUAAUUUUACCUUGUUUAUAAUAUAAUUCAAUACAUUUUACCUAAAGAUA